AUGACGGGAAUGGUGAUGGUCCCUGUGUCCCCAAGGUGCCACCAUGAGGGGGAUGAUGUCCCCAAGGGUGCCAUCGUGGCGGUGACGGGUGACGGCGUCAACGACUCGCCGGCGCUGAAGAAAGCCGACAUCGGGGUGGCCAUGGGCAUCGCCGGCUCUGACGCCGCCAAGAACGCGGCCGACAUGAUCCUGCUGGACGACAACUUCGCCUCCAUCGUCACCGGUGUGGAGCAAGGCCGCCUGAUUUUCGACAAUUUGAAGAAAUCCAUCGCCUACACGCUGACCAAGAACAUCCCCGAGCUGACGCCGUACCUCAUCUACAUCACGGCCAGCAUCCCCCUGCCCCUGGGCUGCAUCACCAUCCUCUUCAUCGAGCUCUGCACCGACAUCUUCCCCUCGGUGUCCCUGGCCUACGAGCGGGCGGAGAGUGACAUCAUGCACCUGAAACCGCGCAACCCCCGGCGCGACCGGCUGGUGAACGAGCCGCUGGCGGCGUAUUCCUACUUCCAGAUCGGUACUGGGGACACGGGGGACACUGGGGGGACACUGGCGGACAUUGGGGGGACACUGGGG